AUGAGAGACAGUUUGGACAUGAUGAGCAGAGAAAGAACAUUGUUGGUGAUACUGUUACUUAUUCUACUCCACCAUAUUUCUGCGAACAAGGACCACCAAGAACACCUUUGUCCCCCUUCUUCCUGUGGCUUCAUCACCAACAUCACUUAUCCAUUUCGAUUACAAGGUGACCCAGAGAAUUGUGGUGACGAAAGGUACGAGCUUGGUUGUCAGAAUAAUGUUACUGUGUUGUACCUGAACUUUACACAAUACCAUAUUCAAGCAAUCAACUACGACAACUACACCGUGAGAGUGGUUGAUCCUGCACUUCAACACCACAACUGCUCCUCCCUUCCUCUCCGUUCUCUCUCUCGCUCCAAUUUCUCUGAUACUUACACUGACUCCGCCGAUCUAUACCAAGCCGGUCUAUAUCUUUAUCAAAUUUGGGGAUAUCUGAGUUUCGAGCAUAUAGUGUUUCUGAACUGUAACCAUUCGGUGAGAGAGAACGGAAAGUAUGUGGAGAGUGGUGAGUGCAUGAAGUGGGACUCAAAGGGCUAUUCAUAUGUAGUUAGUGGAGACCUAAAAGCUGAGGACUUAGAAGUUGGGUGUGACGUGAAGCUUGUUGCUCCCACAUCGUUCAGGACUUUCAAUAAAGAUUCAUACGCUGCCAUUCACAGGGCUCUCGCCUAUGGAUUUGAGAUCUCUUGGAUAAACCUCGCCUGUCAGAAUCAUUGUCCUACAAAAUUUUGCUAUUUCGACUCUUUUAGGCAGAACUUUGUUUGCUAUCGCGUAGGAGGUGCGUUAUAUACUAAUUUUGUCUACUUUUCAUGUUAA